GUUGAGGGGAAUUCCCUUUUUUUCCUUUUAACCACGUGCCUCGUUGAAAUGAGUACAGUAGCGUUUUGGUAAAUUUCUGUCAUGGCCUAAUAGAUUUCUCGCAGAGCUCAUCAGUAUCGGAUAUCUCUCGUGGCUGAGACAGAUCACAAGGGCACAGUCACACACUCGCGCAUACACUGAAGCCUUUAAUUUGUCAUCAGCUACUAUUCAAGAAAUACAUGAGAAUAUCCAACUCCUUUUUAAGAUGCCUUCUGUGUGACAACUUCCCUUUAGUAUAAUUCUAUGUAAUAAUAGCGACGUACAACUAACAACCAAAUUGUUGAAAGAAGUUUAGACUGUAAUUUGAUUUUAAUAAGAGCCUAUAAGUGCGCAGUCGGCCCAACCAGCACUGGUCCCUUCGUGUGGCGGGAGGUUCAGGUGUGUGUUUCUCCCCGCUGACUGAGAGACAAGAGCAGACAAGUUCAGUCACCCAUCAACACACCUCAGACCCGCACUCAGGGGACAAGGCACGAUUUGGGAACAGUAGCCAUGCCGCAAUGUUGCGUAAAUACUAUACAAGUCACCACACGCAGCUGCCAAUUAACUCCUGGCCUGUGGCAGAAUUAUCCCUUGCAGCUGACCUGCGUGCAGACUAAUAAACUGAUGUAUUUACAGGAGAAAAGAGAGCGCCAGAACAGAGGGAAACCAAAUGAAAUUAUGGGAUGUUUCUUCGAAUUUAUUUGACAUAGAAGUGUUUGUUGGUGCAUACUUUGUGCUCUUGGAGGGAGACAAAACCAGUGUAACCAUGGUGUUGAACCACACUUACACCAUUAAUGAGAGAAUUAUGCUAUGGUAUUUACUAAAAAUAAACAAAAUCCUUCUUGUCUAUGUUUCACAUGGCAUAAAGAUCAGUAGGCUAUGCCCUGCUCUUCAUUUUGCACAGUUGAAUCUGUUCUCAGGUUGCCUCGUGCUGCACAUCUCCCUUGAGGGUAUAUUAGACACCUGUCACACUUUGCUGUUGCCUUUCCUCGUCUGCCACAGCGAGAGCUCUCCCGUCUCCUUUCUGCGUCUACAUAGCAUGGAAAUCGGUCGUUUUUUGCUUGUGCUAUGUGCUUUCUUCUAUUUUGACAGAUCUGUUUCAGCAGAGUCCACAUGCAAGCUGAAGGCCAAGUUCAACCUGAGCGGCUACAAGAAUGUAGAGAAGAAGAAGGUCGUUGUUGGCGGGAUGUUUCCUGUUCACAACCGUGUCGCUUCCACUGAUGGCAAUACUUCAAGGGUGCCCGUCUCCUCGGGUUGUGAGGGGUUUAACUUCCGUACCUUCCGCUGGACCCAGACCAUGCUGUUUGCCAUCAACGAAAUUAACAAGAGGAACGACCUGCUGCCCAACACCGACCUGGGCUAUGUCAUCUAUGACUCCUGUUUCACCAUCUCCAAGGCUGUGGAGGGCACCCUCACCUACCUGACGGGCCAAGACGAGGCCGUACCCAACUACCGCUGCGGGACAGGGCCUCCUCUGGCUGCUCUAGUGGGUGCUGGGGGCUCCGAUCUGUCCAUUGCCACUGCGCGGAUUCUUGGACUUUAUCACUUCCCACAGGUCAGCUAUUGUUCAACUUGCUCCGCCCUGGAAAGCAAGUUCCAGUUCCCCACCUUCCUGAGGACCAUUCCCAAUGACAAGCACCAGUCUACAGCUAUGGCUCAGCUGGUGCUACACUUUGGCUGGACCUGGGUGGGCACCCUGGCUGCCAAUGACGAUUACGGCAAGUAUGGCAUCAAAAGCUUCAAGGAGCAGGUGGAGGAAGCUGGCGUCUGCAUCUCAUUCUCGGAGACGCUGCCCAAGGUGAGUUCCCCAAAGGACAUCCAGCGUAUCGUUCAAACUGUAGUUGAGUCCACGGCCAAGAUCAUUGUGGUCUUCUCAUCAGACGUGGACCUCAGUCCUCUUAUCUAUGAGCUGCUCAGGCACAAUGUGACCAACCGCACCUGGAUCGCCAGCGAGGCCUGGGUCACCUCCAGUCUCAUCAACCAGCCUGGGGUGAGCUCACUUCUGGGUGGCACCCUGGGCUUUGGGGUAAAAAGAGCCACCAUUCCUGGUCUUCAGCGCCAUCUACUGGAUCUAGACCCCUAUGAUGACCCACUCACUGAGGAAUUCUGGGAGACGGUGUUUAACUGCACAUUGGACUAUGGCAAAGCUUUGAGGCAGGCCAAACUGACGGCCAAGGAGGUUAACGGCACGCUCUCCAGGGCAGUCAAGGGGGUCCCUGAUGGGCUGUGUAGAGGAACUGAGUCUCUGGCACAGCUCAAUAACACCUACUCUGAUGUCUCCCAGUUACGAAUCACUUACAGUGUGUACAAAGCUGUGUACGCUGUGGCCCACGCCUUGCACAACCUGGAGCACUGUAAGCAGGGACAGGGGCCAUUCAACGGGAAAGACUGUGCUGACAUAACAAACUUUGAGCCAUGGCAGCUAAUGUACUACAUGAAGAACGUGCGUUUCAAAGUGCCGCACACGGGCGAAGAGAUCUACUUUGAUGAAGGGGAUGUAGAGGGCUUCUAUGACAUUUUAAACUGGCAGUUCAAUAGUAACGGGGAGAUAUCCUACAUCACUGUGGGACACUACAAUGGCUCGGCAGCCCCAGAAGACAGGAUGAAAUUAAUGAAUGACUCCAUUGUGUGGAACAAUGAAGUGUUGGAGCCUCCUCGGUCAGUGUGCAGUGAGAACUGCCAGCCGGGCACCAGGAAGGGGAUCCGGCAGGGAGAGCCAGUCUGCUGCUUUGACUGUAUCCCGUGUGCCGAUGGAGAGAUCAGCAACACAACUAAUGCUCGCGAAUGUAUCCUGUGCAGUGAAGACGACUGGUCCAAUGAUGCUCAUGAUACCUGUGUACCAAAAAUCAUUGAGUUCUUGGCCUUUGGAGAGCCACUGGGGAUCACUCUCAUCAUCAUCUCAGCCAUCGGAGCUCUGCUCACCAUUGCUGUUGCGGUGGUGUUUGUUGUGCACAUUGGCACCCCUCUGGUGAAAGCCAAUGAUGCUCUGUUGAGUUUCUCGCUGCUCUUCUCACUGCUGGUGACCUUCCUCAGCUCCAUCGUCUUCCUUGGAGAGCCUCAGAACUGGAGCUGCAUGACCAGCCAAGUAGCCCUGGCACUGGGCUUUGCUCUCUGCCUUUCCUCUAUCAUGGGUAAGGCUGCAGUGUUGAUGAUGAGAGCUCAGGCUCUGAAAGCAGCCCGUGUCAGAAACAAAGCAGCUGCUAAAGCUGCAAAGGCUGCAGCUGAAGCAGCAGCUAGCAGCGGCAACCCUGAUGUCAUUGUAACCAACAUAAAUAACAACAAUGACGCCACUGUUUGUGAAGUUGACAUGCUCACGUGUGCACACCAGAGGGCGAUAGCUGCUGCUGCAACAUUAAUACAGGCUAUAGCGUGCACAGUGUGGCUCAUCAUCAUUCCUCCGCACCCAUUCAAGAACACCUCUGCACAGAAUAUUAAGAUUAUCCUUGAGUGUGAUGAAGGCUCUGUGGUUUUCAUCUGUUGUAUCUUUGGCUAUGACAUCCUGCUGGCUCUUCUGGCCUUCAUCUUUGCCUUCAUAGCCCGCAAACUGGAGGACCACUUAAGUGAGGCGAAGUGUGUGACCUUCGGCAUGCUGGUCUUCUUCAUCGUGUGGAUCUCCUUUGUCCCGGCUUACCUCAGCACACGUGGCAAGUUCAUGGUUGCCGUCCAGAUUUUUGCCAUCCUGGCUUCCAGCUUUGGCCUGCUGACCUGCAUCUUCCUGCCCAAGUGUUACGUCCUUUUGGUCAAACCUGAACGCAACACAGAGGAGAUGAUGAGGCCCCGCGCCAAACUGCGGGAUGGGACCUCGACUGGGACCUCAGCCUCAUUCACUACAGCUGCUACUGACAUCAAUAAUACGAUUGCAUCCACUGCUAUUGAUGAUUAGUGGAGCAGUCCUAAGAACUAAAUCCAUCCACAAUACUGAAACCAUAAAAUAAUGUAGAUGGCAGAUGUGCCUCUGCUAUAUUGGGCUACUGGUCCAGUUGAUUAGGAUUCCUAGUCUUGCUAUUCACAUUUAUUUUAUAAUCACCUUGUUUGGUCUAUAAAUAAUAGACAGGCGAUUUCUGUAUAUUAUUUACAAAAUAUUUUUAUUUACACUGAUCAAAUGUGUGUCAAGUUAAGUGUACCUUCAGAUGCAUUAGAGCUGAUUGCAAUAAGCAAAUACAUGAGGGAAGAAAUCUGCUACCUCUUUUUUUGAUUACUAAAUGUCUCAAAAAUGCAUUUUCAAAAACAUUACUAUUUCAGAAAAUAAAACUGGUGAUCUUUUGACUUUACCCACUUUACUAGAUGUAUGUAAGUCCUGCUAACAGAUAUUUAAACAAGGUCAGACGCUGCUGUUGUUUCAGUUGUGGUAGUGGAAUUAAAAUUAAGGCAACAUUUACCUCAGAUUUUGUCCUGUUGUAUAUCUAGUGGCAAAUCAAUUUCAAACACAUCUGGCAAUUUUUUAAAUUCAAGCCCAUUAGCUGAUGUUGUUCCAAUCAAAAUGUUUACACUAACAUCUCAAUGUGAUACAAAUUAAUGCAACUCCGUUAGCAUAAUACAUUUCCUCAAAAUAUAAUAAAUGUUAUUUUCAGUCACUA